AUGUGCCCAUUCUUCCGCUCCUCUCUUCAUCGCCACCCGUCCCGGCACAGGAUCCUGGACUCGGGCAUCACAGCUUUCAUGGAGAUCGGUCUUGACCCGGGCAUAGACCACCUCUUGGCGAUGGAGUGCUUCGACGAGAUCCGCGAACAUGCUGGCACCAUCACUAUGUACAAGUCGUAUACCGGCGGUCUGCCAGCCCCAGAGUUCUCCGACAACCCCUUGCGGUACAAGUUCAGCUGGAGUCCCGAGGCGGCGCUUUCGACGGCACUGAACGGAGCCAAAUACCUCAAGAAUGGACAUGUAAGUGUGCGCAUACCGAGGCAUGCGACGACAUCUUUUCAGGCAGCCAAGCGAUUGAAUAAACUUUGUGCGACUUUGAAAAUGCUUCUCGCCGAACGGAAUGAGUCAACCGUUUCAAAGACAAUUGCCAGGCCUGCUACACUUUAG